AGCCGUUUUUUGGCUCAGACCACCGUCUCGCUCGGGCCACUACCCAGCCCCGCCGCCACCAACCUCGCGGACGACGGCGAUGCCGCCGAUGCGCUCCGCCCCGCUGACCCUGGUGGCCCUCUGCCUGCUGUGCGGCGCGGGUCUGCGGGUGGCCUUCCUGGGCACCGGGCGGGUUGCGGCCGCCCCCCGCGUGGCCCGCGGCGCGUUCGACUCGGGGAAGGUGAACGUCGGAGUGGAGCUGGAAUCCGACGUCCCUCCUCCGCCGCAGCCAGUGCUCGAGUGCGACGAGGGGUGCAUCGCCGCCAUCAACGACUGCAUCGAGGAGGGCUGCUCGGUGGACGCCAUCAUGAAGCUCGACAAGAAGCUUGCCGAGGACGAGCAGAAGGUCCAGGCGACGAUGGCGUCGAUCGAGGGGCAGCAGAAGACGGGCUACACGGAGGAGAACACGGGCUCGCUGGCCUGGCUCAAGAACUUCCUGGGCCGCAGCGGCAGCCUGCGGGCCCAGCUGCAGGCGCUGAAGACGAUCGAGGACGGCGACUUCAUCAAGCAGAUGGUGAAGGCCGCGUCCGUUGCGUUCGGCGGGGGCCGCACGGGUGACUACCCCAAGGUGGGCGUGUCGCCGUAUUCGUCCUGAGCUGCUGUGUCUUCGGGCUGCCGGGGGGCGCCCCGUUGGCGCGCGGCCCACGGGCGAUGCAGGGCGGGCGACCCCGCGGGGCGUUUGUCGUUGUCGCCUUCGCCGCCUUCGCCGCCCUCAUCGCCUGCGCCGCCUCCCACUUCGCCUUUGCCUUCGCCUUCGGUCUCUCUUCGACUCCGUCCUUUGGAGGGUCGCUCUCGCGCCCCACUGCCGCCGCUCCCUCGCUCUCCGCCCGAAAGCGACCCGGGACGCAACGCGGGCGCCCCCCGGGAGCGGGCCGACGCUUCAGGGGCCCGCGCCGCGGGCCGCGCUGCCGGCUCGGGCGCAGUGCGCGAGCGGGGCCUCCGCGGUAGAUUGCUUUGAAGUAUCUCGGGCGCCUGCGGCAGGCUCCGCCGCUCCGCCGGCGCGGCGCCGCGCGCCUCUCUCACCAGUAGUCACUCUCUCCCUCUCUCUCUCGGCGGCGCGCUCUUCCAGGGCCUCGUCGGGGCCUCCGGGGGCCUCCAGGGGUCCCGUCGGGCGCCGCCAGGAGUGCCCCCUGGGCCCAAGGGUGCCCCCGGGAUCUCCCGGGAGGCCCCCCGCGGCCUCCCAGGAGCCCCCCGCGCGAGGCCCUCGAGGGCCCCAUGGGCUCCAGCAGGGAACGAGGGCGCCCCGCUGCGCCCCGCGGGGGGCGCCGCGCGGCGCGGCGGAGUUCCGCCGCCCUGCGUGCAGCGGCGGCGCGCGCCCUCUGAGAGGCCCUCGCAGGCUGCCGGGCCCGCCUUUUUAGGGGCCCGGCACUCCGCGGGCGCCGUCGCGCGUGCGGGCUCGGCUCCCGGGAGCGCCCCGCCCCGCCGCCGACGGGGGAGCUCCGCUUCCGAGCCUGGAAA